GCAGAUAGGCAGGGCGAGAUUGGACCUCAUCUGCAAAAGAGCUAUAAGGGACAGUUUUCCGAGCGCGGCAGAAAGGUUGCAGGUGAGGAUUGUGGAGCAGAGACAUCUGAUUUCAGUCUUCAGCAUCUUAACUCGGGCAAAAGAGAGAAGGGGAGGAAACGGGAGUGAAGAAGGAUGUGGCGCAGGUGAUGAGGGUGGAGUCGAAGAACACACUGAAGGAGGAAAGGUAGACAAACACAGAGCAGCAAAUUGGUCCCCUGAGCCUGAGAGUAAGAACACAAGGAGGAGCCGAGGAGCCGACCGGGCUGACAGGAUGCGUGAAAAGUGCCAAAGUGUGUGAAGGUGGAACCAUGAACCUGCGAUAAGGGGAUUCAACUCGGUGUUUAUUUUCUUCGAGGAACAGAAGUUCAACCAAACAAGCGAGGAUGUCAGGAUCAGACUCUAGAUGCACUCACGGAGACACCGUCUGUGAGAUCCGUGUUUAUGAACAGGAGGUGAUCGUGGUGCCCGUCCUCCUGCUGGCCACCUUCGUGGUCACUCUGGUCUUCAUUCUGCUGCUGCGCUUCUGCCCAGAGAAGGUGGACCGAAUCCGUCCACGGAAAGCGGUGACCACCAGGAGGAUACUGCAAGGCAUUGAUGCUCCCCCUGGUAUCAAUGUACUCGAGCAUGAAAGCAUCGCCUUGGAUAUGCCCACUUCAUACUCCACCUUCCAGGCCCCAAAAACAUAUUCAUCUCAACACCUGUCCACGGUCACAAGCACGCCCGCUCCCCCACCCAGCUACCCACCGGAGCCCAUCAAGACCAGUUUCCCUCCCGUCGUCCAGCCCAGAGAGCUGCCCCGCCAGAGGCUGCCAGAGUCCUUCAACUUGGUCACCCCGCUGCAGGGUUCCUUCAACCUGCGGGUCGACCCCUCUGUGUCUCUUUACAGGGCGCGCAUGGAGAACAGGAACGUGGUUCUCCGGGUCCUCAAUGACUCAGCCGAUGCCACAGAGAGGCAUGACUUCCUGGGCUUUGCAUCUUUCCUGGCACAGCUCGGACCACAUCCGUUCCUGCCAGAGCUGCUUGGUGUGGUCUCCAUUCGAGCUCCCCUGGUCACGGUGGUGGAGGAGCUGGAGAACAGGGAUCUGCUCAGCUACUUGUGGCGAUGCAGACAGGACAACGUGGAUCCUCCGUGUGAAAUGACAGAAAGGAGAAUAUUUAUUAUGGCCAAUCAAGUUGCUUCUGCUCUGGAGUUCCUCCACAGCAAAGAUCUCCUCCACGGGAACAUCCGGGCCCGCGGCGUGCUCGUCACAAGGAUGCUCACAGCCAAGCUGUGGGGCCUGCAUGGAGUUUACAUGCGGAAGAACAAGAAAGCCACUCAGAGGGAUGACCCCUGCAUGAAGAAGUGGCAGGCGCCGGAGCUGCUAGUCAGGAAGCCAGCAACUAAGAGCAGUGACAUUUGGUCGUUUGGGAUCAUGCUGUAUGAAAUGGCUACACUGGGGGACGCUCCAUUUGCAGAAAUCUCAGUCGCCGAGCUUCUGCAGUUUCACCAGCGAGGAAAAAACCUGAAAAAACCCUCAAACUGUUCCAACACACUAUAUGCGCUCAUUAAAAGCUGCUGCCAGUGGAAAGAGCAGGAUCGACCCUCGCUGGCCGAAGUGAGCCGAAAGCUUGCCGCAGGAGAAAAGAGCUCCUCUGAUAAAGCGCUCAAAGCAUCCGGGACGGUUAACCUGGAACAGUACCUGCAGGAGGCCGGAUACGGAGAAACCAACAGCUACACCGUUUUCUGAUCACUUCCAGGGUCCAAUGCCAAAGAAGAAGAAAAAAAACAUAUAUACACUUUUGCACUACUAUCUCCAAGCCUGUUGGAGCGCUUUUACAAGUGACUUUAAGAUACAACGGAUGUGUUGCAAACUCUGUUUGAGCACUUUCACUAAUACAAAUGGGUCUUUAUUAUGGUAAGUUAUCAUCCUUGGGAUUCACUCGGCAAAAACAGGGAACUCCAUAGUGAGCGGGAGGAAAUUUAAUGAUCGUUAGUAAGAUCUCUUCUUUUGUUUCUUUCUCAGCUAUGAAGCUUUUUUUAAGGGUUCAGGAUGGAAAACAAAACACGUGGUUUUGUUGCAGGAGGGCGAUAUUAUAAGGCUGACCUGUGUGCAUCUCUCUUAACAAGCUGCACCUGCAGGUGAUGCACAGGUGCAGGUUUGCAAAUAUUUUUUUUUUUUCUAAACGGGCCAGUACCAUUUAAUAAACAUAAUAUAUAAACUACCAGAGUUACCGAUCAGUGCGACUAAUACGUUUACCCAAGCUGGACGGCUCGUCCUGACGUCAGGAGCAAGAACUCAGCUCUGUUUACAUCAAAUGUGAAUGACAACAUGAAUUAUCAUGAGGCUGCAUUGAAUCUGACCAAUAAAUCUCACACCCAGUUCCA